AUGCCAGCACCAGCAGUUGUUGGUUUUACGCCAUCCAUUAGGGAUGUAGCCAAUGCCUUCAUGAUUUCCCCAUAUAAAAUAAUAUUUAUGAAUUCAGAAAAAAGGGGUCAGGUCAACAACGCGCCGUAUGAGGUAGAAAAGGAAUUGGAAACUCCACCUUCAGGCUUGGAACAGGAAGAAGCGACUGUCACCGUUGUCCAGGCAGAGCCGGAGGGGGAAAUGCCACAUAUACACCCCGUUCUGUCAACUAGAAGUAGGGAGGAGAGAACAGAGGGCACAAAAAACAGUGGCAAAGAAGAUGGUAAAAAGAAGGAAGAUGGAAAGCAGAAUGAAAAGAAGGAGGAAGCAACUAAAACAGGAGUUGCAACAGAAGAUAAUAUUGAGAAAGUAGCAGCAGCAACAGGGGAAGCAGAGGCGUCAGAGCAUGUAACAACAGUUCAGGAAGAAGAAACGGUUGACGAAGUCAAAGGGGUGGAACGAGUCCAAUCUAUGGAAGAAGUUGAAACAGUCGAGGAAGUAGCUAAACCAUCUGAGGAACCCAAACUCUUGCGGAACAAAACCAAGGCAGGUUCUGACGAAAACCUGGCACAUGUAGGCAGCAGCAAGUGGGAAAAAAAGUAUAGGCUAUUCUGGAAGCAACAUGCUAAUAAGAAUAAAAUAAAAGCCCAAAAACGGAAAGAAUCAAAGGAUGAGUCUGAGAAAAAGGACACGAAUAAAUUACCCACGAGUAUUCUGCUGCCCGGGGUUGGAGGAAGUACACUAAUUGUUGAUUACAAAAAUGCAAUGAUCCAUAGUUGCAGCAGUGAUCCAUUAAAUUCAAAGCCAUUUAGAAUAUGGCUUAGUUUAACUAGACUUUUCUCAAUAACAUCAAAUGUGUACUGUACUUUUGAUACCUUGAGGUUACUGUACGACAAUGAGAAAAAAAUAUAUAUGAAUCAACCAGGAGUAAACAUUACGGUGGAGGAUUAUGGGCGCCUUAAGGGCAUUGAAUAUUUAGAUUACAUUAACAAUACUGGCAUAGGGGUAACAAAAUACUAUAACACUAUAGGUUCUCACUUUUUGUCUAAUGGUUAUGUUGAUGGGGAAAGUAUCCUGGGUGCGCCAUACGAUUGGCGUUAUCCCCUGUACCAACAAGAUUACAACCUUUUCAAAGAGAGCAUAGAAGUAGCUUAUGAAAAGAGAAACGGAAUAAAAAUAAAUCUGGUAGGCCAUAGUUUAGGAGGCUUAUUUAUAAAUUAUUUCCUAGUACAUAUAGUUGAUAAGGAAUGGAAACAGAAAUAUUUAAAUUCGAUCUUGUAUAUGAGUUCUCCAUUUAAGGGUAGCGUCAAAACCAUUAGGGCUUUACUUCAUGGAAACCGUGAUUUUGUUUCUUUCAAAAUUCAGAAUUUGAUCAAACUUUCCAUAUCAGAUACUAUGAUGAAGGCCAUUGGAAAUUCAGUAGGUUCCUUGUUUGACCUUAUACCGUAUAAGGAGUACUUUGACCAUGAUCAGGUAGUAAUUAUAAUGAAUACAGACUCUGCCCCGAUUGAUAAUAAUUACAUGCAGACUAUUGUGACCACAUGUGGAAUAUAUAAUAAAGAUUGCUACUUGAACAGAACUGACGUGAAGUUAAAGGUGUACACCUUAUCAGAUUGGCAUGUGCUUCUAACGGAUGACUUGAUGGAAAAGUACAAUAAUCAUAAGCAAUACAAAGAGAGGUAUUUUUCAAUGGACCAUGGGGUACCCAUAUAUUGUGUGUAUAGCACACUUGAGAAUAAGAGCACGGAUUAUUUGCUGUUUUUUCAAAGUGAAAACUUAAAAGAGGAGCCUAUUGUUUAUUACGGAAUAGGUGACGGAACUGUGCCCAUCGAAAGUUUAGAAGCAUGCAAUAGUUUUUACAACGUAAAAGACAAGAGGCACUUUGAGCAUUGUAGCCAUAUUGGUAUCUUACACAGAACGGACGCUGUCAAGUAUGUGUAUGAUUCGUUGCACACGGUGGAAGGAGAUGUGCUCGAUGCGCCUGCGGAUGUUACAGCCAAGCCAGAUGUACGGACGGACGGUGUCCAGCGACAAGGCAAGUUGCAGAUGUCACUCCAAGGAAUUAACGUUACAGGAAACGAGUUGAGGAAGGUGCCUGAAUAG